CUCAAAUGAUGUACAUCUUUGGAGCAAGAUAACAGAACUGUUGUACAAGGAUGAACGUUAUUGCCUGACGCCUCCAGGACCAACUGAAGCUGUUGGCUAUUUUCUUUAUCACUUGAUUGACAGCAUGAGUGACUCAGAGGUACAGGCCAAGGAGGAGCGUUUGAGACAAUACUUCCAUCAGCUGAAGAAGAUGAAUAUAGUUAUCCCUACAACCCACUACAGCGGCAUUUGCAGACUGCUGGACUCCUCUCAAGUUCCUGAAUUAAUUAAGGAUGCAAGGUUACUGUCUCUUAAAAAAUCCCCGUCUGCCGACAACAUUCCAGAAAGUGCUAAAUCUGACGUGUCUGCUUUGGAGAAGAAACUAGAAAAGCGAAAAGCUGAAAACCAGCCUAUUACAGAUGUCUUGAAACAACUCAUACAUGCUCUUUGUGAAGAAGAGAAUAUGCAAAAAGCCCUUGAAGUGAAAGCCAAAUACGAACCGGACAUGGUUGUCGGUGGCUAUGCAGCCUUAAUAAAUUUGUGCUGUCGACAUGAUAAUGUAGAAGAGGCAAUGAACCUGAAAGAAAAAGUCUUCCCUAAGAAUUCACCUGUUGCUCUUGACACUGGAAAGUACGUAGCACUGGUAGAAGUCUUAGGAAAGCAUGGUAGACUAGAAGAUGCUAUUAACAUUCUAACGGAGAUGAAAGAGAAGGAUGUUCCUAUCUCAGACAGAACAGUUGCAUCUUUUUUCCGCAUUCUUAAUGCCGCUGCCAUGCGAGGUGAAGUUGAAACAGUGAAUCGAUUACAUGAGACCAUUGUGAACCUGGGGUUGGCAGAAACUGCUGUCCUUUAUUCCCCUCUGAUUACAGUUCACCUUGAAAAGGAUGACAUGCCUGCAGCUCUGGAAGCUUUAAUCAACUGUUAUAAGAAGUAUGGCAAAAUUCUUCAGCUUCAUAACAUCUACUGUAGACUGAUAGAAAAAGGAGAUGCUGAUCUUCUGCAACAGGUUUCAGAUUUUAUAAGCAGAGAAUAUGGUGACAUGAUGGCUCUUUAUGAUCUCUUCUUCGCCUUCUUGCAAACAGGAAAAUACAAAGAGGCCAGGAAGGUCAUUGAGACUCCUGGCUUGAGAGCACACUCUGGAAGGUUGCAGUGGUUUGCAAAAAAGUGUAUCUCAAGUAAUCAGAUGGAGACUUUGGAACAUUUGGUAGAAUUAACUCAAAAUCUAUUUGAAUGUGAUAGAGAUGAGAUGUACUACUACCUGCUUCAACUGUGUGAGAACAAUGGUGACUGGGGAAAGGCUGAAGCUGUUUGGACUAAAAUUCAAGAAGAAAAUAUUGUUCCUCGUGAGAAAACACUAACCUUACUGGCUGAUAUACUUGAGAAGAAUGGUCAAGUUGUUCCAUUUGAGGUACCUAAGGUUAAACAUGAAGAUACUGGAAGUUUAAGUCUUUCUAAUGCAGAAGAAAGAAAAAUAAGGAUGCUUUGCAAGAAAAACAACGCAAAAG